AGCCCCGCAACGAGAUCCCAUUUCAAGUCGAGUUUCAGUUCCAAGCGAACAGUCGAACGGGACACACAUCUUUCUGACUACCCCUCCAAGCGAGAGAUCUGCAGGCAAAGAUGAUGAAGAUAUUGGCGAUUCUGUCGCUGGCCAGCGUGGUGCUGGGCGCCAAGGUGGGCCAGCAGCAGUCAGGGCCGCAGGUGCCACAGAAGCAUCUCGUCUGCUACUACGACUCGGCGAGCUUCGUUAAGGAAGGUCUCGGCAAGCUGGUGAUCGAUGAGCUGGAGCCGGCGCUCCAGUUCUGUGACUACUUGAUCUAUGGCUAUGCGGGCAUCGAGCGCGAUUCGCACAAGGCGGUGAGCCUCAACCAGCAGCUGGACCUCGACCUGGGCAAGGGGCUGUACCGCACGGUGACGCGCUUGAAGCGCAAGUACCCCAACCUCAAGGUGCUGCUCAGCGUCGGCGGGGACAAGGACAUCGAGACGGACAAGGACGCCAAGGAGCUGCCCAACAAGUACCUGGAGCUGCUCGAAAGCUCCACGGGACGCACUCGCUUCGUGAACACCGUCUUCUCGCUGGUGAAGACCUACGGCUUUGAUGGCUUGGAUGUGGCCUGGCAGUUCCCCAAGAACAAGCCAAAGAAGGUGCACAGCGGAAUCGGCAGCUUCUGGAAGGGCUUCAAGAAGGUCUUCUCCGGCGACUCCAUUGUAGAUGAGAAGUCCGAGGAGCACAAGGAGCAGUUCACUGCCCUGCUGCGCGAUGUGAAGAACGCCUUCCGUCCGGACAAUCUCCUGCUCUCCACCACCGUUCUGCCGAACGUUAAUUCCACGCUGUUCUAUGAUAUCCCCGCUGUGAUCAACUAUCUGGACUUUGUCAACCUCGCCGCCUUUGACUUCUUCACGCCCCAACGCAAUCCCGAGGUGGCUGACUACAGCUCGCCCAUCUACGAGCUGAGCGAGAGGAAUCCCGAGUUCAAUGUCGAGGCCCAGGUCAAGUACUGGCUGCGCAACAGCUGCCCCGCCAGCAAGAUCAACGUGGGCGUGGCCACCUACGGCCGCCCCUGGAAGCUCACCGAGGACUCCGGCGACACGGGCGUGCCACCGCUGUCCCAUGUGUCGGAUGAGGCACCCGUGGGUGGCAACACCCUGGUCCAUGGCAUCUACAGCUGGCCCGAGGUGUGCGCCCUGCUGCCCAACCAGAACAAUGCCUACUCCAAGGGCGCCAAUGCGCCGCUCACCAAGGUGCAGGACCCGGCCAAGCGCUACGGAUCGUAUGCCUAUCGGGCGGCGGACAAGAAGGGCGACAACGGCAUCUGGGUGAGCUACGAGGAUCCGGACACGGCCGCCGACAAGGCCGGCUACGUGCGCUCCAACAACCUCGGCGGCGUGGCCCUGUUUGACCUCUCGUUCGAUGACUUCCGCGGCCUCUGCACCACCGAGAAGUAUCCCAUCCUGCGGGCAGUCAAGUAUCGUUUGUCCAACUAAACCAGGAUGAUUGAUUGAUUGACCGACCUCCGGGUCAAGCUUUGUCAGACAGAAAAUUAGAGCUAUCAAUGUAUCGAUGUGUUUGUUGGGUGUAAUGUCGCCGAAUAAAUAGAGGGUGUUGCAAGAGC